CUGACGCAGGGCACACGGGGCUCAGUCACUUUCCCCGUCUACCAAAGCAAGAUGGCAGCUGUUGUUGAAAAUGUUGUCAAACUGUUGGGAGAGCAGUACUACAGAGACGCCAUGGAGCAAUGCCAUAACUACAAUGCCAGGCUCUGUGCGGAGAGGAGUGUCCGAAUGCCGUUCCUCGACUCUCAGACCGGUGUGGCUCAGAGCAACUGCUACAUUUGGAUGGAAAAGAGACACAGGGGACCAGGCAUGGAACCAGGGCAGCUCUACACCUACCCAUCCAGGAGGUGGAGGAAGAAAUGGCGAUCUCAUCCUGUAGAGGACCCUCGGCUUAUCUUCCCUCCCGUCAAGUCAGAGAUCGAUGUCGCACUGAAGAAGGACGCUGUGUUGUCAACGGAUGGCAGCAGCCUGGAGGCCCUGCUGAAGGGGGACUCCAUGGAGAAACGGACGACCACAGAGCUGCGAGGGUCUGAGGAGGAUUCAAACCCGAGUGACUUCACCGGUGGCCUGAACCCGGCUGCCCGCAUUAGAAAGAGAAUCAUUGAGCCUGAUGACUUCCUGGACGACCUGGAUGAUGAAGACUAUGAGGAAGACACGCCUAAAAGAAGAGGCAAGGGAAAAGGGAAGGGUCGAGGAGCGGGCAGCACCAGGAAGAAGCUGGAUACAGCGGCACUGGAGGACCGAGACAAGCCGUACGCCUGUGACAACACUAUCAAACAAAAGCAUAUUUCCAAAUCUUCUGAAAGAGUCUGUGGGAAGCGCUACAAGAACCGUCCCGGUCUGAGCUACCAUUACGCCCACUCCCAUCUGGCUGACGAGGAGGGUGAGGAGAAGGAAGAGGUGGAGGUCAACAAGCCUGCAGUGCCGCUGCCCGAUGUGCCGAAAACUCCCAAGAAAGGCCCAGAUGGUCUCGCAUUGCCUAAUAAAUAUUGUGAUUUCUGCCUGGGAGACACGAAAAACAAUCACAAGACUGGCCAAUCAGAGGAGCUGGUGUCCUGCUCCGACUGCGGACGCUCGGGCCACCCCUCCUGCCUGCAGUUCACUCCUGUGAUGAUGGCUGCCGUGAAGACGUACCACUGGCAGUGCAUCGAGUGCAAGUGCUGCAACGUGUGCGGCACCUCGGAGAACGACGAUCAGCUUCUGUUUUGCGAUGACUGUGAUCGAGGAUAUCACAUGUAUUGUCUCAACCCACAAAUGGCUGAACCUCCAGAGGGGAGCUGGAGCUGUCAUUUGUGUCUGGACCUUUUGAAAGACAAGGCCUCCAUAUACCAGAACGCCCCGCCGUCGUGAUGGCUGCCUCCCCUGUGCACACACUCGUCACUCAACCGUCCUGCAGCAGUAUGGUUUCUCCUUCUUUAUCAAGCAUUAGCGCCCCUGACGAGCUCAAAGGGAGUGUUCAGAACACGUUGUGCAAAGGGUUGCUUCCCUCCCCGAAGCGCCCUCACGGAGCUUCAGAUAUGACUGUUAAACAGUACCAAGCUCAGAUACAGCCCCAUUGAUGUUUACUUUCGUCUUUUUUCUACAUAGCCAAUUUGAGCAGUUAUGAAUUUUGCUGCAUGAAUAGAUGAAAUCUGACCUCCCGUCCAGGUUUUUUGUACAAUACACCGACUCGGUUUGCUGAAACCUUCUCUAUCCUGCAGUGUACUGAUUUUAUUACUAGAGCGGAAAUAGAGCUCAUCUGUAUCAAGUAGCAUGCCAGUGCUUGCUAAUCGUAAAAAUAGAUUUUAUAAUAUUUAUAUAUUUCUAUGGUAUAUAAGUGUUAAGUAUGCACAAUUUGGAGAAAGAAAAAAAAAAUGUUAAUGCUACGGUCUUUUUUUAUUUUUAUUCGUGCCCAUUUCGUCAUAAAUAAAAAACUCCACAGCCCCAUAUUUUUUAAUGUCACUGCUGAUUGGGGGAUUCUCUUGGUAGUCAAAUGGAUCCGCUGAGACUGUAAAGGAUGCCAAACACAAACUUCAAACAAAUCAGGAACGAUGGAUAGAAACCCUGAAACACUCGUCCAAGUGGCUCCAAAGGCUGAGAGACUGGAGGAGCGGCAGGUUAGACUGGAGUCUGGUCGUGGCCGGCUGCAGCGCGGAGCUCGAGAGGAUAACAAUGUUCAUGUUUUGUUCAGGCUUUGGGGCCUUUUUGACUAAAAUGUUAUCUUUUUA